CUCUCCUCACCAAUGGCUCCACCAAGACCCCCCUACGUCUGCAUCAAUUGCAGGCUGUUCGGCCGUCGUCCAUUCUCCUCGUCUACCCGACGAGCAGACCUCGUCCGCCCGGCAACGGCCCCCAAACCCACCCCCGACAUCAAGCACAUCCGCCAAAACCCCGAGCUCUACUCCAAGAACUGCGUCGACCGCAACUAUCCCGCGCACGCCGAAUACCCUCUGAAGAUCCAGCAGCUGACCGACGAAGCGCGACGUCUCGACCAAGACCUCAAGACCCCCCGAGCCCGCAUCAAGGAACUAGAGAAAGCCAUCGCCAAAGUCGCCAGCGCCGCCAACAACGACACCUCAUCCACCGAACUUGCCUCCCUCCGCGCCGAAGCCACUCGUCUAAAAGAUGACUCCAACAACAUGGCCACCCGGAAAACCACCUGCACCGACGAAAUCCACCGACUCGCCCUAUCCCUCCCCAACCUCUCCUCCACCCACACCCCCAUCGGCGCCGACCCAACCCUAAUCAACUACAUCAACUUCGACCCCGAAUCACCCCCGACAUGGGUAACCCACCCCGACCCCAAACGCUCCCACGUCACCAUCGGCACAAACCUAGGUCUCCUCGACUUCACCAGCUCCGCCAUCACCACCGGCUGGGGCUGGUACUUCCUGACCAACGAGGGCGCCCUCCUCGAACAAGCCCUCGUCCAAUACGCCCUCAGCGUCGCCCGCCGCCACGGCUGGAAAGCCGUCUCCCCUCCCUCCCUCGUAUACUCCUACAUCGCCGAAGCCUGCGGCUUCCAGCCGCGCGACCAACACAACGAGCAACAGAUCUGGUCCAUCGAGCAAAACGAAAAGGACAAGUCCAAGCCCCAACGCUCCCUAGCCGGUACCGCCGAGAUCCCUCUCGCGGCCAUGCACGCCGGCCGCGACAUCCCCGCUACACAAUUGCCCCUCCGUCUCGUCGGCCCCAGCCGGUGCUACCGCGCUGAAGCCGGCUCCCGUGGCGUCGACACAAAGGGUCUUUACCGUGUGCAUGAAUUCACCAAGGUCGAGAUGUUCGCUUGGGCGGAUAACCUCCCUGACUCUACUGCUACUACUACUACUACCAAAAAACCAACUACUACCUCGGAUGACCUCUUCGCUGAGCUCCUCUCCAUUCAGACGGAGAUUCUCACCGCGCUGAACCUCCCCGCCCGCGUCCUCGAAAUGCCUACCUCCGACCUCGGCGCUAGCGCCAGUCGUAAGCGCGACAUCGAGGUCCUCUUCCCAUCGAGACUGCGUGCCGGGGACCUUGAGUCCGGCUGGGGUGAGGUCACUUCUGCGUCUAUCUGUACCGAUUACCAGAGUCGUCGGUUGGGGACCCGUGUGCGUGGCGGAGCAGCGAAGGAGUCGCGGUUCCCGCAUACGGUGAAUGGUACGGCGAUGGCGGUGCCUCGUGUGCUGGCCGCUAUUCUGGAGAAUGGGUGGGAUGCGGAGAGGGGAGUGGUGGUUGUGCCGGAGGUGUUGAGGGGAUUCAUGGGUGGGAUGGAGGUUAUUGGGGGGCAGUGAGUUGGCAUGUUGUGUUGUAUAGAUGGUGUAUAU